AUGCCUCACUCAAAAAUUUGCGAUCCAUGUCUGUUCAAUUUCGAACUGUACCGUACUGCAAUGCAACAGAGGAUUGAGGACAAGUCGCAGUGUCUGAAUUCGCGGUUCGCCGCUGCAGGAAAGAGACAGUCGGCGAUGGCUAGUCUGGUUACCAGCGUUUCGCGAACGAGACGGAGCACGUCGUCCUUGUCGCUCGCGCUGUUUCUUCUCCUGCUCCUCCUGCUCUUCGCGACCGUCGCUCGCUCCGCUAAGAUCACGUUCAUCAGGAAGAACGGCAAGACGUACGUGAUUAAAACGGGCGACGACGAUUGGGACGACGACGACGAUGAUCUCGAGGAAACGGACGGUGAGGAUGAUCCGAAGGGAGAAGGAGCAGAUUCGGCAGGAGCAGGAACAGCUGCAGGUUCUAAAAAGGCAAAUAAGGAUAGCAACGAGCCGAAGCGAGGCGAGGCGAUUAAAGCCGUCAAAUCGCCCGAGGCAGCAGCAGCAGCGGCGGAAGCGGCGGCGGCGGCGGCGCUGGCGGCAAUGGCGGACGAUCCGCUGGUGGAGAAGUACAAACAGGAGCCGUUGGAUCCGGGAUCGUGGCGGACAGCUGUCAAGAUGCCAUUGGCGGACGUGCGCCGGCGCGCGGAGCAGGGGGACGCGGAGGCGCUGUGGGCGCUGGGGGUGAAGCGGCUGGUGGGCGCGGGGGGGCGCGGGGGAGUGGCGCGGGAUAUUCCCAAGGCGCUGCUGCUGCUGGAGCGCUCCGCGGAACAGGGCUUCCCCCACGCGCACUCCGCGCUGGGGUUCCUCCACGCGAGCGGAUACGGCGUUCCGCUGAACCAGGUCAAAGCAUUCCUCCACCAUACAUUUGCCGCGAAUGGCGGAAGCAUCCACUCCAAGAUGGCCCUCGCCUUCUCGCACCUCCGCCAGCAGGAGUUUGAGCGCGCCGCGGUGCUCUACGCUGACGUGGCAGCCAAGUCAAUGGCGGUCAACAGCCUGCCCGGGCAGGCGCCGCUGAUAGAGACGGUGCACCUGAGCGCGGGAGGGGAGGAAAGCUUGGAAGCGACGAGAGGACAUCGAGGGGAGGCAGAUGAAACUAUUCAGUUCAUCGAGCUGCAAGCCUCACGGGGAGCAGUGGAGGCCAUUCGUACCCUUGGAACACUCUACUACUGGGGGGCGCGGGGCAUGCCGAGGGACCACGUGAGGGCGUUUGGGCUGAUGAAGAAAGCAGCUGAGAUGGACGACCCGCAUGCCAUGCUGACUUUGGGUGAGAUGCUCACACACGGCGUGGGUUGCAAGGCCAACCCAGUGGAGGCGAUGCAGUGGUUUAACAAGGCGUAUGCUCGCGGGCUCGUGAGCGCACUCAACGGAGUGGGGUACCUGCAUGCCAAGGGGUUGGGCGUGCCUCAGGACUACCACAAGGCCGUGCAAAACUUCCUCACAGCCGCCAGGAAGACCAGGGAUGUGGACGCGUUGUACAACCUGGGAAUGAGCCACCUUAGGGGGCAGGGCGUGAGGCGCAACCCCAGCAAGGCGCUGCAGUUCCUGCAACAGUCGGUGGAGGGGCAGCACGUGGGCGCCAUGUACCAGAUGGGCAAGAUGCAUCUGACUGGCACUGGAGUACCCAAAAAUGUUGUCAUGGCCGCGCGGCUACUCAAGGCAGUGGCGGAGAGGGGGCCAUGGGGGGUCAUGCUGCGGUGGGCGCACGCAUGCUUCAUGUCAUCCACCCACGGCCCCUCCCUCUGGUCCCUCUCCCGCUCCGCCGCCUCCUCCUCCUCGCCCUUCUCCCUCUCCUUCUCCUUCUCCCUCUCCUCCCCACUCUCGCCCUCCUCCCUCCGCUCCUCCUCCUCGUCCUCCUCCUCCCCGUCGUCCUGGCCUGCAUCGUGCGAUGUGGGAACGUCGCUGAUGCUCUACUCGAGAGCUGCGGAGUUGGGGUAUGAAGUGGCACAGGGGAACGCGGCAUGGCUGCUGGAUAAGGUGGUGGGUGACUCAGUGCUGGACAAUGCGUGCGUGGUUGCUCCUCGCGGCACUGCCGCUUCAUCAUCAUCCCCUUCAUCUGCAUCACCUGAGGAAGCUAAAAAGGACACGGAAGCUACAGAUGGGGCUGCAAGCGAUGGGAAUAAAGCAGUGGGUGGGGAGGGGUCAGCAAGUGGUGGAGAGGGGUCGAGAGGUGCAGAGGAAGCUGCUGCAGGUGGGGAAGUGUCUCAAGGGGAUGAAUCAGAAGGUGGUGGCGUGGGAGGGGAGGGAGGCGGAGGGGAGGAGCAGCAGGAACAGCAGGAGAGCGGCAAGAAUAUAGCCGCUGGCGGUGCUGGCGGUGCUGGCGGCGCUGGUGGCAGUGGAGCGAGCAGGAGGGGUUGGAGGCGGUGCAGUGAGGCGGAGAGGCAUGAGAGGUCACACCGGCUGUGGCAGCUUGCAGCCGAGCAGGGCAGCGUGCAGGCGGCACUGCUGCUGGGGGAUGCUUUCUUCUAUGGCCGGGGCCAACCACGGGACCUGCAGCGAGCGGCGGAGGCGUAUUGGAGGGCUCGGGAGAAGGGCAGUGCACACGCCAUGUUCAACCUGGGCUUCAUGCACGAGCACGGCAUGGGCCUACCCAGGGACCUGCACCUAGCCAAGCGAUUUUAUGACCAGGUGCUAGACGCCUUCCCUCGGGCAGUGGUACCAGUAAGAAUCGCGCUCUUCGGCCUCUGGCUGCGCAUGCAGUACGGCCACUACCCUCUUGUGUCCAAGGCACUGGAUGUUCUCCCUGAGAUUGGCCCGGCUACAGCAGGAGCAUUGAAGGCGGUCCUGAGGGACGACACCAACGCCUACAUUGCCUCCCUCCUCGCUCUCCUGCUCGCCGUUCUCUUCCUCCGCGCUCAGCGCCGCCAGCAACGGGUGGUGCAGGCGUGA